CCGCGAGGCGUCCACCCUCUCCGCUGCCGCCCCCAGGCCGGAUGGUUGGGGCCGAAGGCCACGCCCUUUCAGCCACCGUGUUUGGCGCAGCUCCCCCAGUCCAGCCGGCAGACCCCGGCUUAUCCAAGCUGCCUGUUACCGCCUUGCUCCUCGGCUCGCACUCGGCGGAUUCCCCGACUCCUUUCUUCAUGGCGUCGCUCCUGUGCUGCGGCCCCAAGGUGGCCGCCUGCGGCAUCGUCCUCAGCGCCUGGGGAGUGAUCAUGUUGGUAAUGCUCGGAAUAUUUUUCAACGUGCACUCAGCUGUGUUGAUUGAGGAUGUUCCCUUCACGGAGAAAGAUUUCACGAAUGGUCCUCAGAAUAUAUACAAGCUCUACGAGCAAGUCAGCUACAACUGUUUCAUCGCCGCGGGGCUCUACCUCCUUCUGGGAGGCUUCUCUUUGUGCCAAGUUCGACUCAAUAAGCGCAAGGAAUACAUGGUGCGCUAGAGCACAGACCAGUUUCUCCUCUUCAGCCCCCUUGUCUACUUUUUUUUUUUAAAUUCUCCUUGUCUAUUUAAAGAUUCCCCUCACCCGGGUCUCAUCCCGCCCAGUGCGGCACCCUCCGCGGGACUGGGUUUUCCUGGCGAGAGACUGAAUCCCCAAUUCUCCAACCUCAGGCGUCUGGCCCCAGUGGAGGGGGCUGGGGCUGGGGCUGGCACCCCCUGUCUCUCCAGCCCCCUCACCUACUCCCUAUCACAAUAAAGAGAAACUGCCCUCUUAAA